AUGGUAUGCUACUGUUGUGUCCAAGGUUGUGGUAACAACAGCAAUAUAAAGAAAAAAGAUCCAAAUUCCGUGAUAUCAUUUCAUGCAUUUCCUUCAAACCAAGAGCUAAAAGCGAAAUGGUUGAAAGCUAUAGGACGUCCAAACUGGACGCCUGCUAAUCAUGCGCGCAUUUGCAGUGCACAUUUUAAUUGUGAGCAAAUUAACUAUGAUGGUUGCAGAAUAAGGAUCAAAGAUGAUGUUGUUCCCGUUAAUUUAUUACCUCCUAACUCCAAUUUUGAGGCAUCAAAUGUGGAAGCAUGCAGGAUUUGUUUGGCCACAGAUACUCAGUUAUACAGUCUGCAAGAUUCACAACUUGGAGCCUGUAUGGAGACUAUAGCUGGAGUGAAUCAAAAUGGAAUGUGUUUGGAAGGGUUACCACAAUAUGUGUGCUACCAGUGUGCACCAAUCCUAAUGAAAUGCCACAAACUCAUUGAGAAAUGUAUGUUUUCUCAAACUAUACUGCUGGAUAUAUUUGUUAAGAAUGGACAGAUCACAAAAUCUCUAAUAGAACAACAAAACAAAGUAACAGAUUCAAUGUCUGCAUUAGCAAGUACAGAAGAAUUGAACAAUUAUUUAGGAAGAUGUGAUGAUGUCAACUCUUCACCGUUCCCUACAAACUCGUGUGAUAUUUAUUGUAAAAGUGAAGAUAAAACUCUUGUUGAUUCUAGUAGUUAUACCGUCCAAAGUACGGAAUGUAAAGUUGAAGUGGAAGGGGAGGAAUUAUGUGCUAAUUUUGACUUAGAAGAAGAUAAAACAAACUAUAUUGUAUCAAUUGCAAGUCUGAAGGUGGAUAAAGUUGAGGAUAUCAAUUUGAAAUCUAAGAAAUAUACAAAAAAAGAAUCGACGACAAAAAGAAUCAAAGGGCUUACUCCAGAUGAGAGUAAUAUGCUAAAAUAUUUUGAUAUCGUCGAAUUAUCGUUAACUGAACAGAUAGAGGAAUGGCAGAAGAGUGUUGUCCGCCGUACUUUGACAAGUGAAAUGGUGUAUCAAUGUAAGAUAUGUAACAAAACAUUUGCGAACACCAAGUCGUACCAACUUCACAUUAAUUAUCAUGAUCCAAGUUUAGGCCAAGAUGAAUGUCCAGUGUGCAAGAUUCGCUUUAAAAGUGCAACAUUGGCGGCGGCACAUAGAAAACGAGCGCACAGCAAGAAAUUCUUCUGCAAAUCAUGUCCCAAGUCUUUUAAUAACGUCAAUGUCGCCAAAAAGCAUAGUCGCUGGCACUCAGGCUACCAGUACCGUUGUCCGUGCUGUGCGUUUACGUCAGUGCACGAGUCCGCGCUGUCCGCGCACCGGCGGCGCGCGCACGGGCCCGCGCACGCGUGUGCGCACUGCGGCCGCCACUACUGCACCGCGCGGGGGCUCGCCGCGCACACACUGGCUGCGCAUGUGCAGGAUAACGACAAGGAAAUUAGCAAGGAAUAUCCAUGUGCACAAUGUAACAUCAACUUCGCAUCGGAGGGCGCUAGACGAGUGCACCUACUCACGUCUAGUCAACAUACAAAGAAACCUAGUUUAAUCGAUGUAACAAUGGACCCCAUUCUACGGAACUGUUGUAACAAGUGUGGUGUGGAAUGUAGUUCGUUCAAGGAUCUGUUGGUUCAUAUGAGGGCUGCUCACCCUCGCCCGCGACGAGCUGAUCAGCUUUGGAAGAGAGACAAUCCAUAUCCGUUGGAUUGUGAGCUGUGCGGUGAAACGAUAUCUUCUCGAAAGAAGCACUGGUUCCACGUCCGCAGACGACAUCCUAUGCAUGUGGACUCCUACCAGCCCAUCAUUACUGUCAUCUGUGAUACGUGCGGAAAGGGAUUUCAGAAUUCUACAAAACUACGAAUCCACCAGCUUCGACACAGCACUCCCAAGGUACGGUGUGCGCACUGCCCGCGAUUAUUCUUCGAUAAAUAUGCUCUCAAUAGACAUGCGCAGACGCAUAGUAAAGAGAAACCACACCAGUGCCGCACCUGUGGGAGGGCAUUCAAGCUGCUUAGUAACUUGGAGAGACAUGCUAGAGUUCAUACAGACGUCGCUCCAUACGAAUGUACGAUUUGCAAUAAAAAGUUUAAAUACUCGUCAAGCGUGAACCUUCAUGUGCGAACCGUACACUACAAAUUACCUCAUCCGACUAGGAAGAAAAGGAGUAGGUCUGCAAAGAAUAUUGGUGAUUGUUAA